AUGACCUCCCGACUCGACCGCCUGGUCACAUUACUCGAGACUGGCAGUACUCAAUUAAUUCGAAAUACUGCCGCUCAACAACUCGGGGAUGUACAGAAGCAACAUCCAGAUGAGCUCUUCAACCUGCUGGGCCGAAUUCUCCCCUAUCUCCGGUCAAAAUCAUGGGACACGAGAACUGCCUCCGCCCGGGCCAUUGGCUUGAUCGUCUCUAAUGCUGAUGUAUACGAUCCCAAUGUAGAUGAUGGCCUACAGAUCACGUCGGCCGCAGAUGAAGAUGAAGUGGAGAUCAAGUCCGAGAUCAAAUCGGAAGAUCACACCCCGUUAGUCGACGGGUUUCUCCGCCUGGAUACGCUAGACAUCGCCUCCAUCUUGAAAUACGGCAAGCGACUUCUCGGUAGUGCCGGAAAAGAGUAUGAAUACUCACUGGCUUCGAUGGAACCAGCAGCACGCCUCCAGCACCAGAAGAAGACUCUGAUGGGUCGACUUGGCCUGGCUGGCGAGUAUGUGGAGGAGGAGUUGAUCGAUAUCACGGAGCCAGCUCCAAAGCCCGAAACACCAGCUCCGAAGAAGGAAGUUACGACUACGGUCAUCUCACGCGAAAACGCAUUACAGGAUCUGGCAGCUCGGCGGCCAUCUUCGCCUGGCGAUACCGCGAAGGAUGAAUCGGGCUUGAGCAAACGCCAAUUGAACCAGCUCAAGCGGAAAAACAAGCAAAAUGCGAAGAUGGGCGCUAACAAAGUCCGUGUUGUAGACUUGUCGUCACGACGGACAUCGGAGAACGUCACUACACCUGUGGCUACCCCUCAUCCCAUCAAAGCCGAGAACGGCGACGAAAAGAAUGGCGAUACCAAGCCUGAUUAUUUCUCGCUCAAGCCAUCCGCGGAAGAUGAUGACUCGAAGCUUGUCACCGAAUUCAAAGGCCCCAUCGCGCCCCAAAAGCCCAUCAUUCAACCUGAACUUGUCGACCAGGGCUCCGGAUGGCCCUUGGAAUGCAUGUGCGAAUUCCUUUCUAUGGAUAUCUUUGAUUCAAAUUGGGAGGUCCGACACGGUGCAGCGAUGGCUCUUCGUGAAGUAGUUAGGGUUCAGGGGGCGGCAGCUGGGCGAGUCGAAGGCAAAAGCCGAGAGGAAAACGACUGCUUGAAUCGCCGUUGGUUGAAUGAUAUGGCAUGCAGGUUACUUUCUGUUCUCAUGCUGGACCGAUUUGGUGACUAUAUUUCAGACAAUGUUGUUGCCCCGAUUCGAGAGACUGUUGGUCAGACCCUGGGUGCUCUGUUAUCUCACUUGUCGCCCAAGGCCGUACGGCAAGUAUACCGGUGCCUCUACCGGAUCAUCAUGCAGACUGACCUCGGCCUUGAACGACCAGUAUGGGAAGUCUGCCAUGGGGGUAUGAUUGGUCUGCGGUAUUUGGUUGCAGUACGAAAAGAUCUACUGAUCAAAGACUCUGGCAUGAUGGAUGGUGUUCUCGAGGCUGUGAUGAAGGGCCUGGCUGAUUUCGACGACGAUGUGCGGGCUGUCAGCGCUGCAACUCUCGUCCCGAUCGCGGAAGAGUUUGUGACAUCGCGGACUGCCACUCUUGGUCCACUGAUGAACAUUGUUUGGGAUUGUCUUUCCAACUUACAAGAUGACCUUAGCGCCAGUACUGGAUCAGUCAUGGAUCUCCUUGCAAAGUUGUGUACCUUCAACCAAGUAUUGGACGCAAUGAAAGCAAACGCCGCCGACGAUCCCGAAGCUUCAUUCGGCAAAUUGGUCCCUCGUCUAUAUCCUUUCCUGCGACACACCAUCACCAGCGUUCGAUCUGCGGUUCUCCGUGCCCUCAUGACCUUCUUGAAGCUGGAGGGGGAGGGAAGUACAGACUGGGUGGAUGGCAAAGCUCUCAGAUUGAUCUUCCAAAACCUGCUGGUAGAGCGCAACGAGGGUGUUCUUAAGCUGUCUCUUCAAGUAUGGUCUGAAUUGCUCAGAGCAAUUGAUAACCGUGGCGCUUUUAUAUCAGAUCAGGAACUUCCAACCUCUGUUCAGCCUCUUGUCACUCUGACACUGGGCGCGUUCGGUGUGCCCCGUUUCCCCAUUCCCAUGAACGCCACGCUCUUUAUCAAGCCCUCUGGCGUACCAUUCGCCACUGCUCCUGUCCCGCCUCUUGCCAAAUCUUCACCAUCAGCUCCUAGUCCCGGCGGUGCCGAAGCCUCCAAACCCGGUCGCAGACGCAAGUCGGAUAAGAAAGAAGCAUCGCCCCUGCCUUCAGCACACAAUGUGGAUGGACAUAUGUUGUCGGGGACAUCGAUCUUCGCUGGGCGAGUUGCUGUGUGUCUGGAUAAGCACGGUCUUCAAAGUUUCUGGCCAGAGAUUUUGGAUGGCCUCAACCUCCCAGCCUCGACGUCUCAGCUUGCCUCUGCCAUGGUCAUGGAAGAAUAUGCUCGUCUUUCUGGACCAGAAAGUAAGCACGCCUCUUCCCUAUGCGAAAAACUUCGCCCAAUUGUCGAAGGCGAACGUCCACCAUGGUAUUCCGAUAUUUCGUGCUAUCUAGCAGUCGCGCGCGCGCAGUGCCAUUCAUUGCUCAAUACUUUCCGAGACCAUGCGCAUGUCCCACCAUCUAGACUUCCAACACUGGCCGUUGUUGUCCAGGGCGAUGCCGAGGCGGGGCCGAACGCAUUCUCUCUGGCAGAUGCCGAGAAAAUUGUUGGUCCCGACUUCGAUCGCCUGAAGAAGAAUCUGACCCCGGCGCAGCGGAUCACUGCCACACAAGUUUUGAAUGACACGCGCGCCACAGCGCAAUCUGCUGUGAACGAGGCCAACAUGAUCAGAGAACAGCGGAAUAUGCGAGUCCUGGCAGCCGCUGCUGGUGCACUAGUCGCUCUGCAGGACAUUCCCAAACGACCUGGCCACAUUAUUAAGGGCAUGAUGGACAGCGUUAAGAAAGAAGAGAACUUUGAACUUCAGCAACGCUCUGCAACAGCGGUUGCAAAUCUCAUUGAACACUACACAGCGGCUACCAAACGUGGACCAGUUGAUAAGAUAAUUGGUAAUUUGGUCAAAUAUUGCUGUGUGGACACAUCCGAGACACCUGAAUUCCCCCACAAUGCACAACUGGAGCAAUCUAUCUUGUCACUUCGCAAGGAAGAGGAUCGACGAGAUCACCCCGAUGCAGCCAAGUUCGAGCGGGAGGCUAAGGAGGCCAGGAUCAUGCGCCGUGGUGCAAAGGACGCACUGGAGCAGCUGGCUGUGAAAUUCGGUGCCGACCUGCUCGAGAAAGUGCCCAACCUUGCGUCAGUGGUCGAGCAACCGCUAAAAACCGCUUUGGAGGGCGAUCUGCCGGAGGACAUCACCAACCCAGAGAACGAACUUGGCCAAGAAGUCGUCGAUGGGUUGUCUACAUUACGGGCUCUUCUUCCCAAAUUUGAUCCCGGUCUGUAUUCUUGGGUUGUCGGUCUCAUGCCAAUUAUUGCGAAAGCCCUGCAAUGUCGUCUCUCAGUUAUUCGCUACGCCGCCGCAAAGUGCUUCGCUACUAUCUGCAGCGUUAUUACCGUUGAUGGCAUGACGAUGUUGGUGGAGAAGGUUUUGCCGACAAUAAAUCACCAGUUGGAUGUUCAUCACCGCCAAGGUGCUAUCGAGUGCAUUUAUCAUCUGAUACAUGUGAUGGAAGAUGGCAUUCUGCCCUAUGUUAUCUUCCUUGUUGUUCCCGUACUCGGUCGCAUGAGUGACUCCGAUAACGAUCCGGUAUUCCUGACCCCCCCUGGCUUCUCUGAGGAGCUGCUCAAGGGUCGUGACCGAGAAAGGAAGUUCAUGGCCCAGAUGCUGGAUGCACGCAAAGUGGAGGCAUUUGAAAUUCCGGUCGCCAUCAAGGCCGAACUUCGACCUUAUCAGCAAGAUGGUGUCAAUUGGCUUGCUUUCCUUAACAGGUAUAAUCUUCACGGUAUUCUUUGCGACGACAUGGGUCUUGGAAAGACUCUACAGACCAUUUGCAUCGUCGCCAGUGAUCAUCACAUUCGAGCGGAGGAGUUUGCCAAGAGUCAAGCUCCGGAUUCUCGCAAACUUCCGUCCUUGAUCAUCUGCCCGCCCUCGCUCUCGGGACAUUGGCAGCAAGAAGUCAAGCAAUAUGCUCCUUUCCUCAAGUGCAUUGCCUACGUCGGUCCUCCGGCGGAACGAGCAAGGCUCCAGGCCCAAAUCGCCGAGUCAGAUAUUGUUGUCACAUCUUACGAUGUCUGUCGCAACGACAAUGAUGUCCUCAGCCCGAUCAACUGGAACUACUGUGUUCUUGACGAAGGCCAUCUGAUCAAGAACCCAAAGGCAAAGAUUACGACUUCAGUCAAGCGGCUGCUCAGCAACCACCGCUUGAUUCUCUCUGGUACACCUAUUCAAAACAACGUUCUCGAGCUCUGGUCUUUGUUUGAUUUCUUAAUGCCUGGCUUCCUGGGUACCGAGAAAGUCUUCCUGGACCGUUUCGCCAAGCCUAUCGCAGCCAGUCGCUUUAGCAAAUCCUCGUCAAAGGAGCAAGAGGCCGGUGCUUUGGCCAUCGAAGCUCUGCACAAGCAAGUGUUGCCAUUCUUGCUCCGUCGUCUCAAGGAGGAGGUGUUGAAUGACUUGCCUCCGAAGAUCAUCCAGAACUACUACUGCGACCCAAGUGACUUGCAGAAGAAGCUCUUCGAAGACUUCACCAAAAAGGAGCAAAAAGAGCUGCAAGACAAGGUGGGCAGUGGAGAGCGUUCCGACAAGGAGCACAUCUUCCAAGCUCUGCAGUACAUGCGUCGUUUGUGCAACUCGCCUGCACUGGUUGUUAAGGAAGGACAUAAGCAGUACAAUGAAGUUCAAACCUACUUGACUAACAAGCGCUCGAACAUCAGGGAUGUAUCGCACGCACCCAAGCUUACUGCCCUCCGUGAUCUUCUCGUCGACUGCGGCAUUGGCCUUGACCAUUCAGCCGAGGGCGAGCUGGAUACAGGCGCCAGCUACGUUAGCCCGCACCGUGCUCUUGUGUUCUGUCAAAUGAAAGAGAUGCUGGACAUUGUUCAAAAUGACGUGCUUAAGAAGCUCCUUCCAUCCGUCCAAUACUUGCGUCUGGAUGGUGGUGUCGAGGCUACCAAGCGUCAAGACAUCGUCAAUCGUUUCAACACCGAUCCCAGUUAUGAUGUGCUCCUUCUAACCACUAGCGUUGGUGGAUUGGGUCUCAACUUGACUGGAGCCGACACGGUCAUCUUCGUUGAGCAUGACUGGAACCCGCAGAAGGAUAUUCAGGCCAUGGACCGCGCUCAUCGUAUUGGCCAGAAGAAGGUCGUUAAUGUGUACCGUCUGAUCACGAGAGGUACCUUAGAGGAGAAGAUCUUGAACCUACAACGAUUCAAGAUAGACGUCGCCUCAACAGUGGUCAAUCAACAAAACGCCGGCCUAGGCACAAUGGACACAGACCAGUUACUAGACCUUUUCAAUCUCAGCGAAACAGCCGAAACAGCCGAGAAACCUGGCGAACAAGCCGGCAAUGAAGUCGACAUGGUCGACAUAGACGGUGAAGUCAAGGAGAAGGGCAAGAAGGGCUGGCUUGACGACUUAGGCGAACUCUGGGACGACCGUCAGUACCAGGAGGAAUACAACCUGGACUCAUUCCUGGAGUCAAUGAAAGGGUGA